GAAGAUUGGCUGAGAAUUAUGUAUCUUAUGAAGUCAUGGACUCUCUAGUUUCUGCCUCUGCCUCUGCUGCCGCCGCCGUCGCCCCACCCGGCCACGACUCUUCUUCUUCGCACCUACACUAAUAAACGCGCGGCUCGUUAACCGCCACCGUCUUCUUCCUUCUUCCUCCAAGGCACCCAAGAACCCUAGUCUCCCUCUCUUGUGAAGAUGGGGGGAGCGAAGAUGGAGGGGCUGAAGAAACUGGAGUACCUCUCGCUGGUGUCGAAGAUCUGCACGGAGCUCGAGUCACACAUCGGCUGCGGCGACAAGGUGCUCGCGGAGUUCAUCGCGGAGCUCGGCCGCACCAGCCGCACCGUCGACGAGUUCGACACCAAGCUCAAGGAGAGCGGCGCCGAGAUGCCCGACUAUUUCGUCCGUACCCUCCUCACCAUUAUUCACGCCAUCCUGCCCCCGGAGCCGGAUGGCCAGGCCGGCGGCAGCCCCAAGCCCGGGGCGGCCACGAAGAAGAGCGCCUUCCCGGGUCUCUCCGUCGCCGACGACCGAGAGAGGGUUAGGGCUUUGGAGAAGGAGAUCGAGGGGGAUGCUGCCCGAGCGGCUCCUGGCCGUGAAGAAGAUGAUUAUGAUAGGGCUAGGGUUCGCGGUAGGGACAGAGAGCGUCGGGAUCGCUACAAAGAGGAAGGAGAUGAAAGGAGCUCUAGGAGGGACCGGCACAGGGAGGAAAGAGACGAUGAUUUUUACAGAGAGAGGCGCAGAGAAGGUAGGGGUCGGGAUAGGGAUUUUGAUGACGACCGGAACCAUAGGGAUCGGCGACGUGAGGAUUCGAAAUCGUACGGAAACGGUAGGGACGAAAAUAGAGAUUCGGAGAGGAGGUCUGGUCGGCAUCGAGGAAGCGACCGGUAUCGGGAUAUUGAGGAAGACGAGCACAGCGACAAGGUUCGCAACUCCGACGAGCCCGAACUGUAUGGAGUUUAUGCCGGGAGGGUUUCUAGGGUUAUGGACAGUGGAUGCUUCGUCCAAUUGAACGGUUUCAGGGGCAAGGAAGGCCUGGUUCACGUAUCGCAGAUGGCGAACCGACGAAUUGUGAACGCCAAAGAUGCUGUAAAGAGGGACCAGGAGGUUUUCGUGAAGGUAAUCUCUGUUUCUGGUCAGAAAUUGAGCUUGUCAAUGAGGGAUGUGGAUCAGAGGACGGGGCAGGAUCUCCUUCCCAUGAAGAAGAGCUCCGAGGACGACUCCUUUCGGACAAAUCCGCUCAGCUCGAACCCGCAGCCCAGGGAAAGGAUUGGUCUCUCAGGGAUUAGGAUCGUUGAUGAGGAUUCUUCAGGGCCUUCCAGGCGACCGCUGAAGCGGAUGAGCUCACCGGAGAGGUGGGAAGCGAAGCAGUUGAUCGCUUCGGGAGUGUUGGAUGUUCGCGAGUAUCCAAUGUAUGAUGACGAUGGGGACGGGAUGAUGUAUCAGGAAGAAGGUGCGGAAGAAGAACUCGAGAUUGAAUUGAACGAAGACGAACCUCCGUUUUUACAGGGACAGACUCGGUACUCGAUUGAUGUUUCCCCGGUGAAGAUUGUGAAGAAUCCAGAUGGGUCCUUGCAGAGAGCGGCCAUGACGCAGUCGGCUCUUGCGAAGGAGCGGAGGGAGCUUCGGGAGCAGCAGCAGAGGACAAUGCUGGAUUCGAUUCCCAAGGAUCUUAAUCGUCCAUGGGAAGACCCAAUGCCUGAGACGGGUGAGAGGCAUCUUGCCCAGGAGCUGAGGGGUGUCGGUCUUUCUGCUUACGACAUGCCAGAAUGGAAGAAGGAUGCUUUUGGGAAGGCACCGACAUUUGGGCAGAGGUCUAAGCUUUCUAUACAAGAGCAGAGGCAAAGCCUUCCAAUUUUCAAAUUGAAGAAGGAGCUGGUUCAGGCAGUUCAUGACAAUCAAGUGCUGGUUGUCAUUGGAGAAACAGGCUCUGGGAAGACGACUCAGGUAACUCAGUAUCUUGCGGAAGCGGGGUACACGACAAGGGGAAAAAUUGGUUGUACUCAGCCGCGAAGAGUUGCAGCCAUGUCCGUGGCAAAGAGGGUGGCAGAAGAAUUUGGGUGCAGGUUGGGGGAGGAAGUGGGUUAUGCUAUUCGGUUUGAAGAUUGCACAGGACCGGAGACUGUGAUUAAGUAUAUGACUGAUGGUAUGCUUCUUAGGGAAAUUUUAGUCGAUGAAAGCCUCUCUCAGUACUCCGUAAUUAUGUUGGACGAAGCACAUGAGCGGACGAUUCAUACUGAUGUGUUAUUUGGGCUGCUGAAGCAACUAAUUAAAAGGAGAAAGGAUCUCCGAUUAAUUGUUACUUCUGCAACUCUUGAUGCGGAGAAGUUUUCUGGUUACUUCUUCAAUUGCAAUAUUUUCACCAUCCCUGGAAGGACUUUUCCCGUCGAGAUACUCUAUACGAAGCAACCAGAAAGCGACUACCUGGAUGCUGCACUGAUCACUGUGAUGCAAAUCCACUUGACGGAGCCAGAAGGAGACGUUCUUUUGUUUUUGACAGGACAAGAGGAGAUAGAUACUGCUUGUCAGAUCCUCUAUGAACGAAUGAAGGGGUUAGGAAAAAAUGUGCCUGAAUUGAUCAUUCUUCCAGUUUACAGUGCUCUGCCAAGUGAAAUGCAGUCGAGAAUAUUCGAGCCUGCACCUCCUGGCAAGAGAAAGGUGGUUGUAGCUACUAACAUUGCGGAGGCAUCUUUAACCAUUGAUGGCAUUUACUACGUGGUUGAUCCUGGUUUUGCUAAGCAGAAUGUUUAUAAUCCUAAACUUGGGUUGGAUUCGCUGGUAAUUACGCCUAUUUCACAAGCAUCAGCAAAACAGCGGGCAGGUCGUGCUGGUCGAACUGGUCCUGGUAAGUGCUAUAGGCUCUACACUGAGAGCGCUUAUCGUAAUGAAAUGCUACCAACCACUGUGCCGGAAAUUCAAAGGAUCAAUCUUGGUCUAACCACCCUCACAAUGAAGGCUAUGGGAAUUAAUGACCUUUUGUGCUUUGAUUUUAUGGACCCUCCUCCACCACAAGCUCUAGUAUCUGCCAUGGAGCAGCUAUAUAGUCUGGGUGCCUUGGAUGAAGAGGGCCUGCUGACAAAACUUGGAAGGAAAAUGGCUGAGUUCCCUCUAGAUCCACCAUUGUCUAAGAUGCUUCUUGCUAGUGUUGAUCUUGGUUGUAGUGAUGAAAUUUUGACAAUCAUAGCAAUGCUUCAAACACAAAACAUCUUUUACAGGCCGAGGGAGAAGCAGGCCCAAGCUGACCAGAAAAGAGCUAAAUUUUUCCAGCCAGAGGGUGACCAUUUGACUCUCUUAGCUGUUUAUGAGGCUUGGAAAGCUAACAAUUUCUCUGGUCCGUGGUGCUUUGAAAACUUCGUUCAGUCCCGUUCAUUGAGGAGGGCCCAGGAUGUCCGUAAACAGCUUCUCACAAUCAUGGACAGGUACAAAUUGGACGUGAUGAGUGCUGGGAAAAAUUUCACAAAGAUCAGAAAGGCCAUUUGUGCUGGCUUUUUUUUCCAUGCAGGUCGAAAGGAUCCCCAGGAGGGUUAUAGAACCUUGGUUGAGAAUCAACCUGUCUACAUUCAUCCUAGCAGUGCUUUAUUUCAAAGGCAACCAGAUUGGGUUAUAUAUAAUGAGCUUGUGAUGACCACCAAGGAGUACAUGCGUGAGGUUACAGUCGUUGACCCAAAAUGGUUGGUUGAACUUGCUCCUAGGUUCUUCAAAGUUGCUGACCCGACAAAAAUGAGUAAGCGCAAACGGCAAGAGCGUAUUGAACCUCUUUAUGAUAGAUAUCAUGAACCAAACUCAUGGCGCUUGAGCAAACGCCGUGCUUGAUAUUAUAUUUUGAAUCUGGUAAUUAUUAUGGUGGGUUACCUUGUUAAGCACAAGUGCCUCAAGCCAUGGAGAGCCAUCAUCGAAGUGAUUUCUUGUCAGGAUGGUGGUGCAAAUCUUCGUGAUUUUAAAAUUUUGGAGAGCUGCCACAAGCUAUGUGCUUCGCUUCUUCUGGUGGUCCAAUGGAAGGCAGAACAGAUCAUGUUUAUUGUUUUCAUCAGCCAGUUCACUUGAUAUUUUGAAGACUAGUCAAAGCUUGGAGAACUGCAAGUUGCAAGGGAGACACUGGCCAACAAUGGACUUAGCAGUAAACAUGUCUACCUUUUAUGUCUGUUUGGGAAUGGCGAUGAUUCUUGUAACAACAGGCCCUACGUUGGAUGCAAUGUUUUAGAGUUUCUCUUGGACUAUGGCCUUAGAGCACAAUUAGGUGAUGGGAUUGAACGUUUCCUGUUUGGUGGGACUUGGACUUUGGUUGUGCCUAUGAUCUGGCUAGAGUUGGUGACCUGCUAGAUCCUUGUGAUCCUACGAACGGCACGAUUGCUUGAGUCUGUUCAUCUCAAGUCCAGUGGAACAGGCUUCUCUCAGUCUAUGUCACAAUCAUUCAGAGAACAGGUCCUUUCCGACCUAGCACCCUUUCUUUCCGUGAGAUGCAGACACUCGAGCGGUUGUUCAACCCCUUGAAGGAUGCUGGGGACGAACUCUCCAGCUUCACAUUGUGUUUCUUCUCUAGCCCUUUUGAUGAGCCGUCGUUGUUGGCCUCUUUCUUGUGCUCCGGUCGGUAAACGCUGACAAGUACCAAUUGUAGCAACCAUGAAUAUAUUUUUUUUCUCUUUUUAUUGAAUGUGAUUUAGAAGAGAGGUGAAGAGGGAAAUGAACUGGAAAAUCAGGUUUUUCUCCUUGGUAGCAUAUUCUUCUUUGUCAUUUUUUUUUUCUCAACCAUCAUUUUCACUCUUAAACCGUGAAUAUUAAUUUGGAAAAUGGAUGUGCGCGCGCGUGUGUGUAUAUAUAUAGCCAACAUGUUAUUCUUUGUAUA